CAUAUAGAAAAGGGUGAAUAUGCUGAUGGACUAGAAAUAGAUUAUCAUAUGAAUAUCCUCUCUAUUGAUACUAAUACUAAAUUAUAUAGUAUUACAAAUAACGUUUAUCAGACUAUGAAUCUAGCACUUAAUAAUCUUACCAAUGCACCUGAAGACCUCCAUAUUCACUUUGAUGACCCAAUGCUAGUUGAAGAGUUUCUUUCUAUCUCUGCAAAAAAUAUUGUUUAUGAAAUUCCUGCGAAUGACCAAGUUAUUGAAGAACUUUAA